GCUGCUCCGCCAUGAGCGCUCCCAUUCACAUGCUCGGUGCGCCCUCCAAAGUCGAGCCCGCCACGGAGGAUAUCCAGGCCAUAGCCGACAAGGUAGGCGGCCAGGUCCCCCUAGCCCAGGUAGGGUCCCGCCCUGUCCGCACAGGGGCAGCGCCCGCCGGGACGCGGAGGGUGAAGUCCCAGCUGGAGGAGAAGGAAAACAAGAAGUACCCCACUUUCAAGGCCACGGAGUACAUGAGCCAGCUGGUUCAUGGGACUAACUACUUCAUCAAGGUGGAGUGUCCACAAUAGGGGUGCUCAUGCAGAU